AUGGAUGGGCAAACCUCGUCCAUUACCUAUAUAAAACUGAUCUGACCCAUUGUAGACAGUUGAGUUUUGAAUGUUUUCCUGAUUUGCAGUGACAUGGUGAGAUGCACCGUUGUCUGGAUACCAGCUGUUAGUUGAAUUACCAUUUUCUCCUGUAUGGGCUGUAAACGCUUGAAGUUGAUUUGAAUUUCAUGUCUGAUUGUUAUUUUGCCGUGGAGGAGACUGAAAGUUUCUAUUGAAUCUUUCUCUACAGUCUAAUGCUCUAUGCCCGAAUUUAAAGCAGACUUGGCAUUUUGGAGUAUAUUUGUAGCCUUGCCGAUUUAUUUUUCCACGGUUUUGAAAAUUUCCAGAGUUUUUCUGUCCUUGAUAUUGUUUCCUGGCUGCAAUUGCAAGAUUUGUUGUUGGUGGGAAAUCUCCAAUGGACUUUUCUUCUAUUUGUUUAGGAAUAUGCAGAUCAUAUGAUUUCUAAUUGGAGAUUACGUCAUCAAGCUCCAGACUGUCCAACUGUGGAUUGAUACAUGCAUAUAAUGAAUUGUACUGAGGUCCCAAUCCAUUUAGAAAGGCAUAUGCCAGAUCUUGAUCUUCAAUUUUAUACAUGCAGGCCUACAAUUCAUCACCAAUACUCUGAAUGUUCUUAAUAUAGGUGUCAAUAGGAAGAUUACCUUCCUUGAAAUUGUGGAGUUUUGCUUGCAGUUCAUUGAUACAAGAUCUUGAUUUACUUGCAUGAUUUUCUUGAGUGCUUCCUAGACUUCUUUCGAUGUCUCUUUAUUGAUGACAUCAUGUAAUACUGAUUCAGAUAAAGAGUUAGUAAUCAGGGUUAGAACUGCUUGAUCCUUUUUGUACCAUAUUUUAUAUUCCAGAUUUGGAAUACGCUUCCCAUGUCCAUCGAUCUUGGAUAUGAGCGGUGGAUAAUCUUCAAGAACAUCUAUGAGAUCAUGUGUUUGCAAGAGUGGAAGUAGUUGUGUCUUCCAUAGCAGAAAAUUCUCCCUUGUUAACUUGAGAGAGAGCAAUAAUGCUGAAAUCCCUUGUUGAAUCACAGAGUGCUGUGUGGGAUGAUUUGAGCAUUAGAAGCACCUUCGGUUUCAUCACCUGUGCUUUCUCGUGGAAGACUCAUUGUCAAGUCUUUGAGCAUCGUUAGGCUAUGGCUUUGAUGCCGUGAAAGAAAUCAAGAACAAAGGGAUAGAAUAGAGCAAGAAGGAGAGAAAGAAAAGAAGAUAGAAAGAAAAGGAACUUCUAUUGAUCAUGAAAGAAAACUUGAUUAG